AUGUCUCGCAUUUCUAUCGCUCUCAAGUGCGUUGCGCUGCUUGCUAGUCUGACGUCGGCUCAAAAUGCAGCCCACGCCCAGGCACCAGCCUGCCCAGCAGCCAAGCACAAUGCGCGCACGGCUACCAAGUAUCCCGGGACGUACGCCGAGGCGCAACAAGCUUGGUUUCAGCGAUGCAAGGCGCUGGGCGACGCCGCCAACAGCAGCGGCAAUACGAUUCCUGCUUUUGCCGGAACGCCUCCACUGGUUGCAUGCGUGGGCGCCGCUGGCGAAGACCUGGGUUGUGUGGUGUUCAACUCGUUUGACGGUGGAUGGGAACUGGCGACGCCGCAAGUAGGAACCUCGCCGAUCGGAUCCUGA